CUGAGGUGCUACGAGUGGCAGUAAAGGAGUUUGCAGUAGGCGAGGUUACCCUUUGCGUUUCCUAAACUUUAUGCAAGCAGUUCACAUUGCUUUACAAGCUGCCUGCGUGUGUACGCAGGCCAAAGUUGCAUUUACACACCUGCGUCCGAUGCUGAUCCGCACAACAGUUCAGGCACAAUACAGAGCAAUCUCUUGUGCAGCUGUGAACCUUCCAAUCCCUCGUCCGCCAACAAGCACUCGCUUUCAGCAAGCGGGUCCCUCUAUUGUAAACUUUGCACAUUAUCUAAAAAAUCGCGCUGGGACUCUGGCAAGCAUGUCGACCGAGUGCACCGCUGCCUCAGCAACCACAACCGCCGUGACCACAGCAAUGUCGGCAGGCGCUGCCUGCGUUGAUCCCGGCUCCAUCUCAUACCUUUCCCAGUCCGACGCCGCCUCCGUGGACCAGCUGCUGAUGGGCCCCCAGCUGGGCUUCUCAGUGGAGCAGCUGAUGGAGCUGGCGGGGCUGGGCGUGGCGGCGGCACUGGCGGCGGAGUGGGGGCCGCAGGUGGUGGUUUCGGAGCCGACAUCAGCAGCGGCCUCCUCCCCUGCCGCUACUGCCCCUGCCCCUGCCGGCACCCGGCGGCGCCGUGUGCUGGUGCUGGCGGGUCCCGGCAACAACGGCGGGGACGGGCUGGUGGCGGCACGUCACCUGCACCACUUCGGGUACGAGGUCAAGGUGUGCUACCCCAAGCCGACCGACAAACCGCUGUACAACGGCCUGGUCAAACAGAUCAGCUCCCUGGGUAUCCCGCUGCUGCCCUGGUCCGCCCUCUCCCCCGCCCCGCUGGCCGCCCAGGCGGAUGUGGUGGUGGAUGCUCUGUUCGGGUUCAGCUUCAGCGGCCAGCCGCGAGCGCCCUUUGACGAGAUCAUACGGGCCCUGCUACCCUCCGCCCGACCGCCCCCCAUCGUCUCCGUCGACGUGCCCAGCGGCUGGCAUGUGGAGGGCGGUGACAGCGAGCUGCCGCCAGGGGGGGCACUGCAGCCGGACAUGCUGGUGUCGCUGACGGCGCCCAAGUUGUGUGCGCGGUACUUCAAGGGCGCGCACCACUACCUGGGUGGUCGCUUCGUGCCGCCCCCCCUGGCGCAGCGCUUCCAGCUGCGGCUGCCGCCCUACCCGGGGGCCGCCAUGUGCGUGCGGAUCGGGGGGGCGGAGGCGGGCAGUGCGGAGCAGGCGGCGGUGAGCGCCGCGGCGGAGGCCAGGAGGAUAGCCGACAUGCGCAUCAGCUACGAGCGAGGCGGGCUGGAGGAGGCCGCAUUCAGCGGUCGCGACCCACGGGACGUUUUCGAUGAGUGGUUCCGAGCGGCGGUGGAGGGCAAGGUGUGCGAGGAGCCCAACGCCAUCAGCCUGGCCUCAUGCGACUCGGGAGGGCGGCCCAGCGUGCGGGUUGUGCUGCUCAAGGGGUACGACAGACGAGGCUUCGUCUUCUACACCAACUACUCGAGCCGCAAGGGUGAGGAGCUGGGCAACGGCUGGGCCGCCUUCUCCAUAUACUGGGAGAAGCUGCAGCGCCAAAUCAGGGUGGAGGGGGUGGUUGAGAAGGUUCCGGAGGCGGAGAGCACCGCCUACUUCCACAGCCGCCCGCGGGGCAGCCAGGUGGGCGCCUGGGUGAGCGAGCAGAGCCAGCCGUGCAGGGACCGGGCGGAGCUGGAGGCCAGGAACGCCGCCCUGCAGGAGCGCUUCUCCGACCCCAGCCAGCCGGUUCCCAAGCCCCCCCACUGGGGCGGGUUCCUCAUCCGACCCACCUCCAUCGAGUUUUGGCAGGGCCGCCCCUCGAGACUGCACGACCGCAUUCGCUUCCGCCGGAAUAGCCCGGACGACAGUGACCCGUGGGUCAUGGAGCGCCUGCAGCCGUAACACCAUGCGGGUCGGUGGGUUAUGGCGUGAAAGCGCCGUGUGUGGGGUGGUGGUGGCUGGCCUCGGCCCGCGUGGCUUAUGUUUCAGGAGGAGGAGCCGCUCUGUGAGAGUCAGUUGAGACGGAGCGGGAGCCUGGAGUGGAAAGGAAUGCGAGAAGGAGCGACUCGACCUGUGCGUGCAUGCAGGUGGCAUGCUACCGGACUUGUACCGGUAUGCGCUCUAGGGUGCUCGGCUGCAGCUGGCCAUAAUGUACGGGUAGCUUGGCAGCGGCUAGCUUCGUGGCUAGCUACGUAGGUAGCUUUGCGUUUGACAUGCAGUUGUACUUUCUUCAUCCUACAAUGUGUAGCAUGAAGUUGCGAUGGGUUGGUGCAGCUAGCAUCUGUAUGUGUUGUGGGUGUGGCGCUGGCGUGCUUUAGGGCUUCUUUUUAGGGAGCACGAAGAUUGCAUUUAACUACAGUCCGGGCUGGCAAGGUAUCUGGGUUCCAUGCAUCCAGAGCACCUGUUUGUUAGGUCCAGCGCCGCAACUUGAAGAUGCGUCAGGACGUCACUGAAAGGAGUGGUGACAGUUUCUUAAGUAAUGUAGCGAAGUUUGCGUGGUGUAAGACCGAGCAGGGUCCUAGCCUCUGGGGCUCACCUGUCAGAGCGGAGUCUUUUGUCAGAAAGUGCAAUAAAUGUAUGAUGGCUCAUGG